AUGCUCCGCGGCCAGACCCUCCCCUGGAGAGCUGCGCUCCACCAAACGCCUCGCCCUUUACUCCGCCGCCCUUUCCUUACUGCCACAAGGAAUAAUGCCUCUUUCCGCUCAGCAUUAACUGCGACCCGUCUCAGCCGUUCCCUUCCCUCGGCUCCCCGCACGUUCUCCUCUAGCUCCAUCCAACGGAAAGAGAAACCCCCACCAGAGGACCAAAAUGACGAGCUAGAAAAGAAGCAGGAGGAGGAGACAACACAGGAGAAUAAAGAGGCGGAGCGAGCUCCAGAGUCACGGCGGAAAGCUGUCGACACGGGCAAGCCCGCCGACCAGACAAGCUCCACCCGUAGAAAGGAUCGAUCAUCGGCUGACAAAGAGCGGGCAAUAGAAGAAGAGUCUAAGAAGGAAGUCGAGGCUGAUGGAAAGGGUGAUUCAGGUCAGACACCAUCUGCUAUACCCCCGAGCAGUGGUGCGGGUGACUCGAAGCCUAGCUCCGCAAACAGUGGCGGCAACAGCGGAAAUGAUGAUGGUGGGAAGAAGAGCAAGAAGGGAUCUGGGGACAAGGCUUUGCAAAAGCCUGCUGUGCCAGAUGUAUACCCGCAAGUCAUGGCGAUUCCUAUUGCGAAGCGGCCCCUCUUCCCCGGGUUUUAUAAGGCAAUUACCAUCCGCGACCCCAAUGUCGCGGCUGCCAUUCAGGAUAUGAUGAAGCGCGGCCAACCGUAUGUGGGCGCAUUCUUGUUCAAGGAUGAUAACGCCGAUGGUGAUGUCAUUGAGAACCUCGACGAUGUUUACGAUACUGGUGUUUUCGCUCAAAUUACAGCGGCCUAUCCUCUCCGCGGCGAGGCCAGUGGUGUUACUGCUGUCCUCUACCCACACCGUCGCAUCAAGAUCUCUUCGCUUCUCCCCCCUAGCGAGACCACGAAGGGUACCCCCGCAGAAGAGAAGACCGAAAAGAAGGGUGACGUUGUGGCGAGCUUCGAAGAGGGAGCUGCUGAGUCUGCGCCCAAAGACCACUAUGAACCUACUUCCUUUUUGAAAAAAUACCCAGUCAGCUUGGUUAAUGUGGAGAAUCUGAUCGAGGAGCCGUUCGACAAGAAGAAUGGGAUUAUUCGUGCUGUGACUAGCGAAAUCGUGAACGUCUGCAAGGAGAUCGCUACUCUGAACCCCUUAUUCCGUGACCAGAUCUCUGCUUUCUACACCGAUCAGUUCCCCGGAAAUCUCAGUGACGAGCCCGCCAAGCUUGCUGAUUUCGCCGCUGCGGUUUCGGCUGGUGAGUUGCAUGAAAUGCAAGAGGUUCUCGAGACUAUGAACAUUGAGGAGCGUCUUCCCAAGGCGCUUGUUGUGUUGAAAAAGGAAUUAAUGAAUGCCCAGCUUCAGUCCAAGAUUACCAAGGACGUGGAGGCCAAGAUCCAGAAGCGUCAGCGUGAAUACUGGCUCAUGGAGCAGAUGAAGGGAAUCAAGAGAGAGCUUGGUAUCGAGUCUGACGGCAAGGACAAGCUGGUCGAGAAGUUCAAGGAGAAGGCCGAGAAGCUUGCGAUGCCCGAGGCCGUCAAGAAGGUCUUUGACGAGGAGAUCAACAAGCUGGCUCACCUUGAGCCUGCGGCUUCCGAGUUCAACGUCACCCGUAACUACCUGGACUGGUUGACUCAGAUCCCUUGGGGCCAGAAGAGUGUAGAGAAUUUUGGUAUCAAGAACGCGGUGUCUGUUCUUGAUGAGGACCACUACGGCCUGAAAGAUGUCAAGGAUCGAAUUCUGGAGUUCAUUGCCGUAGGCAAGCUUCGCGGUACUGUGGAAGGAAAAAUUCUUUGUCUUGUCGGGCCUCCCGGUGUCGGAAAGACCAGUAUCGGAAAGUCGGUGGCUCGCGCAUUGAACCGCCAGUACUACCGCUUCUCUGUGGGUGGGUUGACUGACGUCGCAGAGAUCAAGGGUCACCGACGGACAUAUGUUGGUGCUCUUCCUGGACGUAUCAUCCAAGCUCUCAAGAAGUGUCAGACCGAGAACCCCCUGAUCCUGAUCGACGAGGUGGAUAAGAUUGGCCGUGGCCACCAGGGUGAUCCAUCUUCUGCGUUGCUGGAGUUGCUUGACCCCGAGCAGAACAACUCCUUCUUGGACCAUUACAUGGAUGUUCCUGUGGACCUGUCCAAGGUUCUGUUUGUUUGCACCGCCAAUGUCACUGAUACCAUUCCUCGCCCGUUGUUGGAUCGCAUGGAGCUCAUUGAGCUCUCCGGUUAUGUAGCUGACGAGAAGAUGGCCAUUGCUGAGCGCUACUUGGCUCCAGCUGCCCGGGAGCUGACUGGCUUGAAGGAUGUUGAUGUGAGCCUCGAGAAGGAAGCGAUCGAGGAGCUGAUCAAGUCUUACUGCCGGGAGAGCGGUGUCCGUAACCUGAAGAAGCAGAUCGAGAAGGUUUACCGGAAAGCCGCAUUCAAGAUCGUCCAGGAUCUGGGUGAGGAGGCGUUCCCGGAAGAGGCGGCAUUGACCGACGAGGGCAAGGCUGCUCAGGAAGAGUCAAAGGAGCACGAGUCCUCGGAUCCGGCUGAGGCGCCACUCGAGCCUGAAAAGUCGACCACCGAGACUCCUCGCCUUGCUCUCAAGGUUCCCGAGAGUGUACAGCUCAGCAUCGGCAAGGAUACUUUGAAGGAUUACGUCGGACCACCAGUUUUCACUGCAGACCGUCUGUUCGACAGGUUCCCCCCCGGUGUUACCAUGGGUCUUGCCUGGACAAGCAUGGGUGGCGCUGCGCUCUAUGUCGAGUGUAUCCUGGAGAAUGCCUUGAAGCACAACUCGCGACCAGGGCUGGAGAUCACUGGUAACUUACAGAAUGUCAUGAAGGAAUCCUCGCACAUCGCCUACUCGUUUGCCAAGUCCGUCAUGGCUAAGCAGUUCCCCGAGAACGCCUUCUUUGAGAAGGCGAAGGUCCAUCUGCAUUGCCCCGAGGGCGCUGUUCCAAAGGAUGGCCCAUCUGCUGGUAUCACCAUGGCUAGUGCACUGCUGUCUCUGGCGCUCAACCACCCGCUUGACCCCACAAUUGCCAUGACUGGCGAAUUGACAGUUACUGGCAAGGUUCUGCGGAUUGGCGGUUUGAGAGAGAAGACAGUGGCUGCUCGCCGGGCUGGUGCGACCACAGUCAUCUUCCCAGCUGACAACACCUCUGACUGGCUUGAGUUGCCCGAGAAUAUCAAGAAGGGCAUCACUGGCCAUCCGGUUAGCUGGUACUCGGAGGUGUUCGACCUCUUGUUCCCCACCCUGGAUCAAGAGGCAGCGCGUACGAUCUGGCAGAAGGCGUUGACCAAGCCCGAGGGCGAACGCAGCUCCAAUGACGAGUAA